AAAUCUCUGUCGGCUUAUCAUUCUUCAUAAAAUACACAUGCUCAGUUUAACCAGAAGUUUAAAGAAAGAAGGUAGAAAGAGUGUUAUAGACAAAAGGGCAAUACAGCUUGCUGGGACUUAAUGCCAUCGGCAUCAAUUCAUGAAAAAUGGCAAAAGACCGGUUACCAGAACUGCAAAAAAUACAGAAAGACAUGCAUGACACUGAGGAAGGAAGAAACCCAGGUCUAACAGAAACUGAUGAAAUGUAUUUUUGUCCACUGGACAAAAAAUGUGUUGAACUUGGUUUAUUGCUCCAAUCCAUAGGCCUACUGCAGGAGAAUGUGUCAAAUUUGAGAGAACAAGUUAACUGUGCUAAAAAACUUCAAGACCAAAUAGAAAAAUCGCUGUUUGGUGUAUGUCUCCAGAAAAGUCAGCUUAAAAAGGCAGAAGAUGACAUUACUGCCAUGGCUUUAAACAUCCAGGGACAGUUGAACCAGCUUUUUCCAUUCCAUGAUGACCCGCUGAGUGUCAAGUAUAGAGUAAGAAUCUCACACCAUAAAGCUUUAUCCAAAGAUUAUCUUAAAAUCAUGGCAGACUUCCACAACAGCCAAGAACAGCAUUCAAAGCAUAUUAAAAGCCGUUUGCAGCGUCAUCUAAGUAUUCUUGGGGAACAUAAUGUGUCAGACGAAAGACUAGAAGCUUUGAUGCAAGGUGACGUUCAGAAGGAAAUGUAUGCACAACUGCAGGAAAAGGAGCAAAAGUACACAGCCAUUUGUGAACGACAUGACCAAAUCAAAACUUUGGAACAGGGGGUUUUGGAGGUUCACAAUCUCUUUUUGGACAUGCACAACUUGCUCAUGGAUCAAAGUGAACUAGUAGACACUAUUGAAUAUAAUGUGUCACAGACACAAGACUAUGUUGAAUCAGCUUCUACAUCCCUUGAUUUGGCAGUGCCCAGAUCUCAAGACCUGAAGAAAGCAACUCCAUAUAAGAAGAAAUAUGGUGUCAGAAAAUACAUACUAUUUCCUCUGUCACUAUUUAAAUUUUGGCACUUUAAGCUUUCCAAAUAAGAUUUAAGCAGACAGAGGGAAACUUCAAGCUUUUAACAGAAAUAUGUACUACAUAUAGUGACAAUUUAAAUUUACCUGCACUUCUUACCCUGUUUUCUUAGUAAAAGUAUUCUGCUGUACCUGAAUCAUAGUUUUAAAAAAAUACCAGUGUGAUAUAAUGAAUUCCUGAAUAAUAUGUAUGUGCCUUAAAUGUGGAACUAAAAAUCUGUGAUAAUAUUUUACUCUAUUGAAAAUUUUAAAGAAAGUUUAUUUAUUUUUGUCUACUUAAUCAUGUCUGGUUUUCUUGAUAGCUAUAUAAGCUUAUGGAAUAUUCAUUUGCACUUAAAUAACUAAAAUAACUUCUUGCAUCUAUUACCUAUUUGUGGUAUAAUUCAAGUAAUCUGAAAAAUAAGUGAUAUACAAUUUCAAGCAAAUAAAUGCCAAUUAUUUACAA